AUGAAGCCGCGAUUAAACAAUCGACUGAAGGGAAAUUCGUACUAUGAAUACUCCAUCAAGCACGGGACGUACGACAUCGACGAGGCGGUGGCGUACAUAGAGAGGAGCUCCUUCUCCAGAAGUUGCGGCGGAGUAGGGCGUGCGGGAAGUCGCAAUCGCAGCGGCGGCGAUAGCAGUUUAGGUAGCCAUUCAUAUGGCAGUUCAGAUAGCAGUUUAGAUAGCAAUUUAGAUAGAAGUCUAGAUAGCAAUUCAUAUGGCAGUCUAGAUAGCGGUUUACAUAGCAGUUUACAUAGCAGUCUCGAUGGUAGCCGCAACAGCAGCCACAGGCGUAGCUGGAGCCGAUGCGUCCAUCGCAGGGGCAGAUGGGGCAACACCCUGCAACGGAAACUCCUGCGCCUGAUGCGCGAGGAGAAGAAGCACAUGCGGAAUGGCACCCACAAGCAGAGAGAGCCGUCGAAAGCGAAGAGGCGAUCGAAGGACCAUGAGGAGGAUCACCUCGAAGGAGGAGAAUCGGGGUUGAUGUACGUGCAUGAUACCUGCGAACAAAUUUUAAAUAGCGGAAAAGCAUUCAGCCAAGGCACAGACAGGUACAUCAUUCUGAACAGAAGAAAUCAAAUCAAAAAGAUAAGCCUAAACGAAAUGAACGAACUUCUUACAGAAAUUAUCUACACAACUAUGACAAGGGACAAUUUGGAAAAUAGCCUCCUGGACCUUCUAGGAGAAGAACACAUCGAUUUCAUAUUCAACAUUAUUAAGAACAAGGAAAACAUAAAAAGAGAUAUCAAACUGUUAAGCAAGUAUGUGGAUGUAAAGGAAAAAAUUCUCGCAUCGAAUUUCUUCAUAACUGAUAAAACGAUGGACGGAAUUAACAGCAGAAAAAAUAUUUUCAUAAAAAAGGAAAACAUCGAAAAAAUUGUAGAUUUCUUUCUAUAUACAUUAAGAGAAAACAAUUUUGGAGAUGUGAAAAAAAUUUACAUACCUAAUGAAGAGAACAAAUUGGAAGAAAUCCAGGUGCCCAGAAAUACCUCCUACUCCUACACAGACAAUGUGACCAAAGUGAGGAUCAACAGAUUAGAGAACUUUCAAUUCAGUAAAGACGAGUUAGUUCCCGUCAAGGUGUUGCCCUUUUGGCACAGAUACAUUUUCGAGUUCGAACAUUUUAACUAUGUACAGUCCAAAGUUUUUAAGGCUGCUUUUCAGACGAAUAAGAAUUUACUCGUCUCGGCGCCCACUGGGUGUGGAAAAACCAACAUCGCCUUGUUGGUCAUCCUGCAGCAGAUUAGCCUCUUCUGUGAACAGAACGGGAUCAGCCUGGAAAGAGUCGCCCAGGCUUACCUGGUCCGCUGCGGUGACGACGGGAGCACCCAGGAGAUUAACCAUGCAAACAUACAUAAGGCGCAGCGAAACGGACAGGUGAUCCAUCACCCCCUGAAAGGGGAAUUCCCAAGUGAGGACCGGUUAAAAGGGGACCCACUAAAUGGAGACCCCACAAAUGAGGACGCUCCAAAUGAGGACGCUCCAAAUGAAGACCCCACAAAUGAGGAUCUCCCAAUUGGGGACCUCCCCACCGGAGAUCCCCUGAAUGAGGACCCCCCAAGCGACGAGGGCGCCAGCGACGAGGCCCCCUCCCGCGGUGGAAACUCCAUAAGCGCAAAAGAAUUCAAAAUUAUCUACAUAGCCCCCAUGAAAUCCCUCGUCUUCGAAAUAACCAACCUCUUCCAAAGGAAGCUAAAAAUUUUUAACCUAAAGGUGUGCGAGUACACAAAGGAGCACAGCCUUACCUCCAAACAGUUGGAAGAAGUGCACAUAAUAGUAACCGUCCCGGAGAAGCUAGACAUCCUUUUAAGAAAUAGCAGUUACUCCACCACGGUAUCUGACGAGUCAUUAAUUAAGCACAUCAAAUGCCUGAUCCUUGAUGAAGUACAUUUGCUAAAUACAGACAGAGGUGACGUGAUCGAAACGAUUGUUGCUCGAUUUUUACGAUACUCGGAAACGUCCCAGUCGGUGAGAAGGAUAAUGGCCAUGUCAGCCACGCUACCGAAUUACAACGACGUGAGGGAUUUUCUAAAAGUGGAAAAGGACAUGUGUUUCUACUUCAAUGAAAGCUACCGAUCCAUCCAGCUGGACAAAACGCUCUACGGAAUACAUGAAAAAAAUAUGAACAAGUUGAAUACAGCCAAAAAUAUAUAUGCCUAUGGCGAAAUUAUAAAUGCGCUGAGGAAAGACAAGCAGUGCAUCAUCUUUGUGUGCUCAAGAAAUGACACCAAUAAAACGAUACAAUUCCUAAUAGACUAUGCUGUGAAAAAUGGUGAGAUCGAUUACUUCGUCACUAACCUCUACACAGAUAGUAACAUAAAUAAGAGAAUUAAAAAAUCGAAUAACAUGUAUGUGAAACAGUUUUAUGAAUUUGGCUGCUCCGUGCACCACGCGGGCAUGUCGAGAUCGGACAAAAUAUUGGUGGAAGAUUUAUUCAAAAAAAAGGCCUUCAAUGUAUUAUGCUGCACUUCUACUCUAGCGUGGGGAGUUAACCUACCUGUCCAUACCGUCAUCAUCAAAGGUACCAAUUUUUUCUCCUCUGAAAGCGGAAAAAUGGAAGAUAUGGACAUUCUCGACAUUAACCAAAUAUUCGGAAGAUGCGGCAGACCGCAGUACGAAGAUCACGGACAUGCUAUCCUCAUAACGGAAAGGACAAAACUGUACAAGUAUAUCAAACUGCUAACCAAUAAUACCAUCAUCGAAUCGAGCUUUUUAAAAAAUAUAGAAAAUCACUUAAACGCAGAAAUAAGCAUAGGGACAACCAAAAAUGUGGAGGAUGGCAUCAAGUGGCUAGAAUAUACCUACCUGUACGUCAGAAUGAAAAAAACCCCCAACCUGUACGAUGCCGAUCUGACCACAGACAUACAUCUGUACAACAAAAGAAAGGAAAUUAUCCUAAAGACGAUUCAAAACUUGAGUGAAAAUAAGUUAGUAAGGAGAGUACUCCUGACAAACGACUUUAUAGGAACCUUCUAUGGACACAUAGCAGCCAAGUACUAUGUGGAUUAUCAAACCAUCGGCAUUUUCGCGGCAAACAUUGACCGAAGCAAUUACGUAGAAGUCAUCGACGUUAUCAGCAAAUCAAAAGAAUUCGAAAAUAUACAAAUUCGAAAUGAAGACAUGAACGAUUUCCUGUGGUUAAAAAGUAGAUGUGAAAUUAAGGAACAGUACGACGAAUCAAAAUCCAUGACGUUACGCAUAUUGAUCGAAUCCUAUCUGAGAAGGAUACAAAUAAAUAACUUCUCCCUCAUUUGCGAAAUUAACUAUGUCAUACAGAACAUCAUCCGCAUUUUAUAUGCCUACUAUGAAAUAUGCCUUAACAUCCUCAAAAAUAUUUCCAACUUAAUUAUGAACACCCAUAAUCUUAUUGUAUCCAUUUUGAGGAGACUUCCCAUCAACUCUUGCGUCUUCAGGCAUUUCUGCUACAGAAACGAGUUACUAGAAAAGAAGAACAUGACAUUUUCUAGCCUCCCCGCCAAAGGGGGGAAAAACAGAAACGCUCCCCCAGAAGAUAAUGCAGCUUCUCACACGAACCAUCUCCUCUACAGGGGGAAGUACGUAAAUCCGAGAGAAAUUUCCGAGGAGCAGGAGUACGGUCAUAAUCAUGAUUUCCAUGACACACCACAGGGGAGAUACCGGAAAAAUCAAAACUACACGGUCUACCUAAAAGAGUCCGUGGUAAACAUUCUAGAAAAAAAAAAACUAACACACGAAUCUGUCGACACGUUAACCAAAAGCGAACUUCUUUUCUUUCUAAGAAAUGAAGUCUACACCAACCAAAUUCUGUACUACAAGAAUGUAAUUCCAAACUUACACAUCGAAGGAUACAUUCAGCCCAUAACACAGACGAUCAUGAAAAUAAAUCUCCAAGUGCAACUCACCAAUACUAUUUGGUCAGACCAAUGGAAUGACAUUCAGGAAAACUUUCACCUUUUCUUAUUGAAUACACUCAAUAAUGACAUUUUAUAUUUCCAAAAGUUCUCUAUUCAUAAAAAAGACAGGAAAAAAAUCCAUGACAUUUCUUUCGAAUUCCCUCUCUCAAAUCAAAUGCCCCCUCAAAUCACUGUCCAGUUUUUAUCCAUGAAUUGGUGCAAUUUGUCCUACGUCCAUAUUUUCAAUACAAACAACUUGUUCAUUAAUCAGAAAAUUAAUAUAUUUUCCGAAAUCCUUCCCGUCAUUCCCCUAUCGACGCAAAUUUUGAAAAUCGCUAGCUACAUCAAGUUCUUUCCCUUCCGGUACUUCAACCCUAUUCAGACUCAGAUGUUCCACGCGACGUUCCACACGGACGAGAAUAUCCUUCUGGGGGCCCCUACAGGAAGCGGCAAGACCGUCAUCGGAGAGCUGUGCAUCCUGAGGAACCUGCUGCACCACGAACGCCAAAAAGCCGUGUACGUAUGCCCCAUGAAAGCCAUUGUAAAUGAGCGACACAAGAGCUGGACGAGCAAAUUUAAGAGCCUCCUAAACAAAAACGUAAUUGAACUGACAGGAGAUAAGAACGAAAAUAAAGAAAACAUCGCAGAAAGUGACAUAAUAAUAUGUACACCGGAAAAAUUAGACGUUAUAUCCAGAAAUUGGAAAAAUAAAAAAUUCGUGCAAAACGUCAAUUUGAUCAUUUUUGAUGAGAUACAUUUACUGGGGCAGGAAAACAGAGGAGGUGUCAUUGAAAUUUUAAUUAAUCGAUUUAAAAAUAUGGAACAGUACUUGAAUAGAAAAAUAAGACUCGUUGGAUUAACCACCGUCAUCACGAGUGUAGACGAUUUGAUUUUAUGGCUAGAUGUGAAAGAAAACUACCUUUUUAAUUUCCCGUCCUCAUGCCGCAUAGUACCUUGUAAAACGCACAUUCUAGGGUUCACCCAAAAGGCAUACUGCGCACGAAUGUCCGUAAUGAACAAAAACGUCUUCGAUGCUAUUAACCAAUAUGCACAAUCUAAGAAUGUACUAAUAUUUGUUUCGUCCAGGAGACAAACCAGAGUUACGGGAUACGACAUAAUUUCCCUGAAUCUCAGUUCUCACAACCUCAACUUUUUGCAUACGGAAAAUUUGCUGAAUGAUAAAAGCCAUAUCCAGUUUUUACUUAACAGUAGACAUGACGAUGACAGCCAUUUGGACAACGACAGUGGUGACGACGAACCAAAUGAUCUGCCCGAUUACACCGCCCUAAUGAACAAAAACUUAUCUGUAGAAGAAAAAACGCAAGUAGCUAACAUGCUAUUCCAAAACUACCUGAACAUAAUCGAAAAUGAACACUUGAAAGAUUUGCUCAAGUACGGAAUAGGAAUCCAUCAUGCUGGGCUAAAUGAAAAUGACAAAAACAUUGUAGAAUAUUUUUUUUUAAAUAAAAUAAUUCAGAUACUUAUAUGCACGUCCACCUUAGCAUGGGGAAUUAACCUCCCAGCCUAUCUAGUAAUCAUAAAGGGAAAUGAAUUCUACGACGCCAAAACGAAGAAGUACAAAGAUAUUUCCUACACAGAUUUACUACAGAUGAUUGGCAGAGCUGGAAGACCACAAUUUGACGACAAAGCUUUAGCCAUUUUGCUAGUCCAAGAAAGAAGAAAAAAUGCAAUAAAAAAUUUUCUCUAUCAUCCUAUGAAUAUAGAAUCCAAUAUUCUUGAAAAUUUAAAUGAACACAUAAAUGCAGAAAUUUGCUCCAAAGUUAUAAACAACAGGGAAGACAUUUUUAACUACCUUACCAAGUCGUAUUACUUUAAAAGACUCUUUUCGAACCCCUCUUACUACAUCAAAGAUGUGCAAUAUGUCCAACUAUUUGAUAAUAACACGUUGUCUAAUCAAGCCAAGAAGGUUAUAUAUGAGCAUGUGAACAAAAUUAUCGACAGUACAAUCAGCUUUUUGCAGAUCAAUAAGUGCAUACAAGUGACGAUGGAGGAUUACAUGCACACUUAUUGCGCAACCCCCCUGGGGCAUAUUGCCUCCGUGUACUACUUGAAAUGUGAAACGGUGUCUUUUUUUUACAAAAUGAUUGAGCAGAGUUGUGGGCGGCCUAAUGGUGUGGAAGGCGAAAAUGAUAAGACGGAAGAGCACAGUGGACACCUCGAAAAUGGCAACCAUGUGGUAGAUCACGGAGAGGCAGCCAUGGACUUGGGGGAAGACACCUAUGGAGAAGCGAUAAACGAUCAGAUAAGCGGCGAGAUAAACGAGGAGAUAAGCGGCUCACCGAACGAAGAUCACUGCGUGGAGGAGAAAUCAACCACCCCCGACCACCGUGACGAUGGUAACAACCACGGCCAAUCGCGCCGCCGUCAUCAUCGCCGCCACCUCGCGCAGGCAAAGGAACUCAACUUUUACGGGCUGUUCGCCCUGAUCGCGCAGGCCAGGGAGUUUGAUGACGUCCCCCUGAGGCACAAUGAAGACAAGUACAACGUGAAACUGAGAAACCAAAUUCCCCUAGACAUCGACAUGAAUAUGAAAAAUGUCAAAACGUAUCUCCUGCUCCUCUCCCGUCUGUAUGAAUGCACCUACGAAACGGUAGACUAUAACAUCGACUUGAAAUUAGUCAUGGAUCAAAUAGCAAGAGUUAUUAACGGAUUCAUUGACAUAUGCUUACUCUUUGGCAAGUAUAAUUAUAUACAAAAUUUGAUCCUCAUAUAUCAGUGCAUUAACCAGAAAAUUCAGCCCAGCCAAAAUUCCCUGCACCUGAUUAAGAACAUAAAGGACAGUCAGCUAGCCAAAUUGGCAGAAUUGCAAAUCAAAAAUUUAAAGGACCUACUAAAAUUUGAUAAAUCCUUUUUAUAUUCACUUAACAUCUUCCAUACCUCUCAGUUGGAUUUUAUUUUUCAAAUCCCCUCUCUAACUAGCAGCAUCAAAUUAUUUCGCAAAAGUAUUAACCUUAGUAACGAUUUUCCGCAAAAGAAAUAUAACAUUGUCAGCAUUCCUUGUGUGAGUCAUCUAAAAAAUGAAAAUAAAUUUUUUUUUCAAAUGAAACAUCAUGAUCCGAACGAAAUUGUCAUUAGAGUUUUUUUUUGUUUCUUUCAUAAAGCGUCGCAGGAUGCCAUUUCUGGUGCCACCCCUAGUGCGAAUGUGCAGUGGUACGCCAUCCUGCACGAUUGUGAUCAAGACGAAUCGAUUUCCAUCAAGCGCUUCAACAAUUCGGCCCUAAAGAAAACAUCAUCCGUCUCGUUCACUUUGGAAGACCUAGUACAGGGGACGUACCACUUUGCCGUGUACGCACAUAGUGACACCUUCUACGGAAUAGACCACGAGGUCCACUUCCAGCUUUCUGUUGAAUAA